CAGUAACAGUAUUAAUUUCUCUCUCCCUUCCUUUAUCUAGCACCACUCCCAUGCUCACUCACACGGUCUCUUUCUCCCUGAUCCUCAUUUCCUCAUUCUCUCUUCUCUAACAAUGGCACUUCUUCUAGACAACUGUGAAAGCAUUUUGCUCUCUUUGGACACACACAAGUCAGUCCCUGCACCUUUCCUCACCAAAACAUACCAACUCGUCGACGACCCCUCCACCGACCACAUAGUCUCGUGGGGCGAAGACGACACCACCUUCGUCGUUUGGCGCCCUCCUGAGUUCGCCAGAGACCUUCUCCCUAACUACUUCAAACACAACAAUUUCUCCAGCUUCGUUCGCCAACUCAACACCUAUGGUUUCAGAAAGAUUGUGCCAGAUAGGUGGGAGUUCGCGAACGAGUUCUUCAAGAAAGGAGAGAAGCACUUAUUGUGCGAGAUCCACAGAAGGAAAACCCCUCAGCAGCAGCAACAACAAAUGCAAGGUGUGAACCACCAGCACCAGUUUGUGCCACCUUUCUUCCCCUUCCACAACAGCGUUUCCCCACCGCACGAUUCCGAAGAUGUAGUACCCAAUUGGUGCGACUCACCCCAAAGAGGAGGAAUCACAAAUGGAAACAACAACUUCAGCAUCAACAACUACCACACUGUCACUGCGCUUGCCGAAGACAACGAAAGACUUAGGAGAAGCAACAACAUGCUCCUGUCGGAACUGGCACACAUGAAGAAGCUUUACAACGACAUAAUCUACUUCGUUCAGAACCAUGUGAAGCCAGUGACUCCAAGCAGCACUUUCCCUUCUUUUCCACUGCCACAAGCCUCUCGUAACGUGGAGAGGCCAGUGAAGCAGUUUGUGGGGUGUUACACGAAUAACACUAACACCAACACCAACACUAACACUAACACUAAGCAAGCGCGUGGUGCGAACUCUCCCACUAACAGCUCCAUAACCAUUGUGGAAGAAGAGCAUAGCAGUAACAGGUGCAAGACGAAGCUUUUCGGGGUGUCUCUUCAGUCCAAGAAAAGGGUGCACCCCGAGUACGGAUCCAACUAUUUCGCCGCAUCGGAAACGAAUAAUAAGGCGCGUUUGGUCGUGGAAAAUGAUGACUUGGGCUUGAACCUCAUGCCCCCUUCUUCCACCACUUGCUAGUUACUACUACUUAGUCCUCGGAAAAUUCUUAACUGUAGAACCUUAAUUGCUAUGUUCUUUCAAUUUAUUUCUACUAUGUGUAAAUAUUUUCUUUUCUUUAAUCACUUUUAUUUUUUAGCUUCGAAGAAGGCAAAUGAUGCUGAUGGGUACAUGUGUGCGUCCGUGUAUUGGUCAUUCUUCCUGUGUACAUAUAACUUAGUGCCCAUUUAUCA